CGGCGAUCGUGCAGUUGGCAGUUCCCCGAAAGCUCCGACGGGAGGUGGACUGAAAGCGGGCGUGUUGUGUGUGAAUUUAUAUGUGUGUGUGUGAGUGAGAGAGGAUAAGUGGACAAAGGAUUGUUUGUGACGGUUUUCUGCCCGAAACGCCAAGAUGUUUGACGUUUUUGGGUCCGUCAAGGGUCUGCUCAAGCUAGACUCUGUAUACAUCGACAACAAUGUAUUCAGGCUGCACUAUAAAGCCACCGUAAUCAUUUUGAUUGCGUUUUCACUGCUAGUGACCUCAAGACAGUAUAUUGGAGACCCCAUCGACUGCAUCGUCGACGAGAUCCCCCUCAAUGUGAUGGAUACUUAUUGCUGGAUCUACUCUACAUUCACCAUCCCCAACCGGGGCAACGGCCGUAUCGGCAAGGAUGUGAUCCAGCCCGGAGUCGCGUCUCACACGGACCGGGAUGAAGUCAAGUACCAUAAAUACUACCAGUGGGUGUGCUUCGCCCUGUUCUUCCAGGCCAUCCUCUUCUACGUCCCUCGCUACCUCUGGAAGACCUGGGAGGGCGGCCGCAUCAAGAUGUUGGUCCUGGACCUCAACUGCCCUGUUGUAACUGAGGAGUGCAAGGAGGAUCGGAAAAAGCUUCUGGUGGAUUACUUCACCACCAACCUUCACCAGCAAAACUUCUAUGCAUUCCGCUUCUUUAUCUGUGAAGCCCUCAACUUCGUCAAUGUUGUUGGGCAGAUCUAUUUCAUGGAUCUGUUCCUCGACGGGGAGUUCACCACCUAUGGGUCUGAUGUAGUGAAAUUUACCGAGAUGGAGCCUGAGGAGCGUGGUGAUCCCAUGUCCCGAGUGUUCCCUAAAGUAACCAAAUGCACCUUCCACAAAUAUGGUCCAUCUGGUUCAGUGCAGACCUUUGACGGUCUUUGUGUGCUUCCUCUCAACAUUGUGAAUGAGAAGAUCUAUGUGUUCCUGUGGUUCUGGUUUGUGCUCCUUUCCAUCGGCACUGGCCUUAUGAUGGUGUACCGUGUGUGUGUCAUCUGCUUCAUGAAGAUGAGGAUGUAUCUGCUGCGCUCCCGUGCUCGUCUUGGUCCAUUUGAAGAAAUUGAAACCAUCACAAAGAAGUGCCAGAUUGGUGACUGGUUUAUUCUGUAUCAGCUGUCAAGGAACAUCGACCCUCUUAUAUUCAAGGAGUUGAUAUCUGAUCUUGCCAAAAAAUUAGAAGGCAAGGAACGAGUUUAAUAUGUUCAAUUGUCAGAUUUUUGUGGAACAAAUUAUUGGGGCUCUUAAGUCAAGUCUUCAUUUUAUAGUUGAUGGAGCUUAAUUGAAAUCAUAUCCAACCUGUGUUCUUCAUUCCAUACUAUCAUAUUAAGCUAAAAGCCUCAGACUUCAUAGUUCAAAGAAUGUGUUCUGAGAAGGUAUGAGAAUAAAUAUUGUGUGUCUGCCUCAAGCAAUAUCUAUUUGUUAAUGUUGGAAGGAACCUUCCUGUGAUCAACAAGCUCAAAGACUUGUCAAUUUUUUCAUUUAUACUUAUUCAUUUUCACUCAAUUUUUUUUUUUAAUCAGGAUUUCAUUUUAGUAUCUCAAAAUCUCGAGCUUCCUGCUCAUGUGUGGCAACUUGCAUGCAACCCAUGUGCUAUCAUGAGACAACCAGACUAGUCUCAUGGUGCAAUUGAUGACUUGUGAAAUAUAGAUUAAGUAUAUCCUGCCAUUGAUAAUUGAUGUAAAUUUUUUAUGUGUUAAAUUUCUUGGGGCUGGUAUGCUAAUUUGUUUUGGUAACUUUCCUGUUCCAAAUUUGUCUACAGUGGAGUUACAUAACAAUCAUGCUGUACAAACUAUUGAUGUGGGGGUUAUCUGACGUGAGAUUCGUAAAUCAAAUCAGUUGACUAGAAAGCUUAAUGCUAAAGUUAUUGGCUCCCCCAAAACCUCACAAGACAAGACCAUCAAAUGCUUACUAUUGUACACUUGGUCUAAAAUCAACUGUAUGAAUUGAAUGAAUUUAUAAACUGAAUGAAUUUGUGAUUCGAAUGAAUUUAUGAAUUGAAUGAAUUUGUGAUUCGAAUAAAUUUGUGAAUUGAAUGAAUUUGUGACUUGAAUGAAUUUAUGAAUUGAAUCAAUUUAUGAAUCGAAUGAAUUUAUGAAUCAUUGCUUGGCGUUAAUUUUCAGUUUGUACAAUUUAAACUAAAUGGCAGAAGUUCCUCAAAGAAGCACUGCCAAAACUACAUCAAGGUUGGGUAACCUUUUGAAAAUUAAUCAUGUUUGACAUGUUGUAGUUCAUAGUUGCCAGCUAAAUGUUUCUCCAUUGUAAAUAAUUAUUGUAAAUACGAUCGUAAAGUGAAAAUUAUGUCCUUCUUACAGGGGGUGAACAUUCAAUGAAUUUAUGAUUGCCGAAGAUCUCACACUGCCCAUUGUAGACCUUAUUUAUAUUAUGUUUGUUUUUCUCUGACAGAAGGGUAUUUUAUUGUUUGAUUCUUUUUUAACUUUGAACCCACACUGUUAUGUCAUUUGAGGUUUUGGGACCAAACACAUCAGUGGGCUUCCUCCAUUUCUGUUUCAAAUAAAGUAGACAUAUACUCUUGACAUUGACAGUAUGGAAAAAUUUCCCCUCAAUUUUCUUGUUGUGGGGCACAAAUAUUGUUUGUGAAUUUCCUUUUUUUUUUUUUUACUAUCUGACUCAUUUUGGUUUGUUUACCAAAGUAAACUGACAUCGUUUCUGUUUGUUCCCCUUGCCAUUAUUUUGUUGGGGUUCUCAAACCAGACUAACAUUGACGUGCUUGGCUGACAACUUAUCAGAGCAAUUGCAGUUUCAGUAAUUGGAAGGUGAGGGAUUGUUUUUAUUCCUUUCCCUAUGUUUUGAGUUUUAUCCACAAAUUAAAGGAGUUUUUGAAACAAUUUUUGCUUUGUGAUAUUUGUCUACAUUAUCACUCAUUCUGCAGAAGACUCAUGAAUUUGUUCUCUUUGCUGUUAUGAUGUGAGAUGCAUUGUUUGUGUGAAUAUGUGUGUGUGCAUGAGUGCUAAUUUUAAAGAGAUGUACACUGUUAUCAAGAUUGUGAUCUUAGUAUAUUAUAUUUAGUUUAUUGUAUUUUUUUACUUCUGUGUAAAAAUUAUUUAGGAAUUAUCUUUGCUGGGUUUUGUCCUGUAGAUGGACAGAUUGACUUGUUUCAUGUGAGGAAUGGUUGAGUUAUAAUUUUUAAAAUCAAUUUUGAGAGUUUUAUUUAUUCAAAAAUUGUAAUAUAGGCUGCCCACUGAAAAUUUUAAGAAUUCUCUUUGUUAAAAGUAAUGUACCCAACUGUACAUUUCACAUCCAGCUGCAGCUGUUUGAAUGCUCAUUAUAUAGUUCCCAUUUCUGUGGGGUUGUUUUGAACAUGAGCAGUUGAAACGAGUACAAUCACCAUAUGUGCCUUCUCCAAUUUGUACCUUUGUAAUGUAGAUUUUGGAUUGUCAUUAUCAAGAUUCCAGUUAUUACAUACAAGUCUGAUAUUAAGUAUUAAUUUUGAGUUUGCACAAAGUUUUUGUACUUGUAUUAUUGGGACCAUAUUUUACGCUUGUUUUGCUGAAAAAAAGUGCAGUCAAUUAGGCAGUUUGCAAGCGCACUCUUUUCCCAGUUGAACAGAGCCAGCAUAUUCCUCUUACAUUCCCAAGGCGAGGCUACAUGAAUUCUAUCAUCGUCUCAUUGCUUUUUGCCUUGUACAGUUGUAAUCAUUUGUAAAUUUCACUCAGUAACAAAUAAAUUUUACAAAUGCUUAGUGAAA